AUGGCGACGGAGGUGACCCUGCGCCGCUUCGACCUCUCGGACGUGGACGCCAUGAUGGCAUGGGCGUCCGACCCCGAGGUCGCCGCCUUCUGCCGCUGGGAGCCCUUCGCGUCCACGGAGACGGAAGCCCUGCUCGCCCACAUCCGGGACACCGCGCUCCCGCACCAGUGGUACCGCGCCAUCUGCCUCGCCGGCGACGCCCGCCCCGUCGGCUCGGUGUCCCUGGAGCCCACGGCUGACCGGUGCCGCGGGGAGCUCGGCUACGUGGUGGCCCGCGCGCACUGGGGCAGGGGCGUGGCCACCGCCGCCGUGAGGGCCGCGCUCGCCGCGGUGUUCGGCGAGGUGGAGGGGCUGGCCCGCGUGGAGGCGCUCGUGGACGUGGACAACGCGGCGUCGCAGCGCGUGGUGGAGAAGGCCGGGUUCCGGCGCGAGGGCAUGCUGCGGCGCCACUACUGGCACAAGGGCCGCGUCAGGGAUCUCGCCAUCUACGGCUUCGUCUCCGGCGAUCCCUUGCCCCCAUCACAUGAGGAUGAGGGUCGGAGACCGAUGGAGCGAGAAGCGGCAGCCCGGACGCCGGAGCGCGCGGACGAGGUGACCCUCCGGCCGUUCGACCUCCCCGACGCCGACGCCGACGCCAUGACGGCGUGGGCGGAAGACCCCGAACUAGUACCGCCUACGGCCUCCAUGGCGUCGGGGGUCCACUUCUCCCCGUCCCGCGACGCCCUGCUCGCGUUCCUCCGGGGCACCGACCCGCCGCACACCUGGAUCCGCGCCGUCUGCCUCGGCGGCGCCAUCGUGGGCGCGGUGACCGUGUUGCGCACAGAGGACCGGUGCCGCGCGGAGGUCGGGACCGCGCUGGCGCGCGCGCACCGGGGCAGGGGCGUGGCCGCGGCGGUCCUGAGGAGCGCGGCGACCGCGGCCUUCGGGGACCUGGAGGGCGUGGAGCGCGUGGAGGCGCUGGUGGACGCGGACGACGCCGCGUCCCUGCGCGCGCUGGAGGACGCCGGGUUCCGCCGCGAGGCCGUGCUGCGGCGCCACCGCGACGCCAAGGACGUGGUCGUCUACAGCCUCAUCUCCACCGACGGCGACCCACUCAUCGACUCACGCAGUUCAUGA